AUGGCUGAGGACCCGCCUCCUCCCCCGCCGCCUCCGCACGGGCACAAUCCACGCCCGCCCGGCGGAUCAGGGCUACCGGAUGGCAACUACGAUAUCUUUAUCAUACCACCGCAUUCCGCCGGCUCUGGUUUCCUCUACCUGCCCUCGUUACAAGGGCAUCGAAACAGCUUUCUUGCUGGUGUCGCUGUCGCCUUGUUCGCCGUGGCAAUAUACGCUCUCGCGAUUCCUGUUCUCAAGCAGUGGAUUGGCGUUGUCAUGAGUGGCGGUGGUGGACUGGGCGUCGUUCUCCUCAUCAUUGCUGUCGGCGUUGGAGCAUGGGCCUGGGGUAAGACGCAGGCAGAGAACGACGCAGGCGCGCGAGCAGGAGGUCCUGGUGGCCCUGGGUCUAGUGGCCAGCAGCGGCAGCAGGGUCACCAAUCUGGAGGACCUCGCCCGAACCACCACUCUCCGCCGCCGCCACCGCAGGGGGAACCGCGAACCGGUCCACAGCCUCGUCCAAGCCCCAACGCCGACGCAUGGGAAAAAGCUCGAGAAGACACACGAAGACGAGAGGAAGAAAGGAAGCGGACGGAGGAGUUGAAGAGAAAGCGUGAGGAAGCUCAAAAGGCUCGCGAAGAAGCGGAAAGGGCAGCCAAGGAAAAGGCGGAGAAGGAAAAAUGGGAGCAGGCACGAGCUAGGGAGAAGGAGACUCGUGAAAGGGAAGCUAGAGAGCGCAUUGCUCGAGAACGACUGGCUAGAGAAAAGGUAGCGCGAGAGGCCAAGGAGAAGGCCGAGAAGGAGAAAGCGGGCUGGGAGAAGGCGAAGCAGGCAGAAAAGGAAAAGGCAGAAAGGGAAAAGGCAGAAAAGCAAAAGGCAGACAAGGCGAAGCAGGCGGAAAAGGAAAAAGCAGACAAGGCGAAAGCUGCUGCGAGCGAACGCUCAACUCCGAUUAAACCAGCAACGCCAUCAAGAAACUACGAAAAACCGACAGCCAAGUCGCAAGCGGGCACCGAGACGUAUUCGUAUCGACCGUACGAUACGCCAAAAGCCACUACCUACAAGUCGUCGGCUUCAUCGAUCUCUGGGCUCAGCGAAAGCAGCUAUGCGCCUAGCAUGAGUACCGCUAGGACGACACCGCCGCCAUCGCAACGAGGUCCUUAUUCCACAAACGACCCCGACAAGAUCCAGAUCAAGGCGGUAUACCUGUUCAGCGACAGCUUUCCGACAAAGCCAAUCUCUCAACUGGUCUCUGGCCAAGGUCCUGUGACAGACGGACUCAUCUUGCGCAUCAAGACGGAAGGUUUGUUCAUUGAUGACGAUAUUCGCCGUGUUCCUCAACGUGAGUGGGACGUCAAAGCCUGGACCUUGAAGCUGGUCGAAGACGGUAUGACUAAGACCCAUGCUGGCGGCGCGUUGCACAUAUUCCGAGCGACAGUCAGGGAUGCUGAAAACAAAAAGUAUACCUUCGUUCUGGAUGAAUCCGAAGGGUACAAGGUCGCGAUAGGUCUGGGCAAGCUGCGAAAGGGGAGUCAGGUCCGAAGUCUGGGUAUGAAUGGGUUGAAGGAGGCCGAAGUCAAGGGCAUUUUGAUGACCCUGGGGUGGAUGUGA